AUGGAGGUUCAAUCCUCGAAAGGGCAGCUGCAGACCGUCGCGAGUCUACGAAAGCUGUUAGAAGACACAUUGCCUUUAGACAACGUGGUGUACGCUUUCGGCUACGGCUCAGGCGUUUUGUCGCAAGAGAUCGUCACAAAAGAGAAGGCCGACGAUUCGAACAUGAUCGAUGUGAUCAUGGUGGUUGACGACGCUUUUUCAUUUCAUCAAACCAAUAUCCUCCUGAAUCCAGCUCAUUACGCCCUUCCCUUCUGGACUCGUUUUCGGAAAAGCAUGCCAGAGGUCUGGGCGACUUGGUGGCAGCGACACAGCGUCAACAAUCAACUUUUGCGUAAUCCACGGGUCUACUUCAACAUUGCGCCAGGCUUGAAGUAUGGUGUUGUGCAAGCCAACGAUCUGGUGGACGAUCUUCAACAUUGGAAUUAUCUAUACUUGGCGGGACGCAUGCAUAAACCAAUCGUUCCCAUUCUUGAGCGACCAUCACCCGCGUUGGCUGAAAUUACAAAUGCCCAGCUCCAAUUUAACCUCCCAGCAGCAUUGUCUGCUUCUCUUUUACUCCUAUCCGAAUCUUCGUCGUUCACAAAUAUCCCGGAAGAGACCGUGUAUACACAAAUUGCGUCACUUUCAUACGCCGGCGAUUUCCGUAUGCAAACUGGCGCAGAGGAUCCUCAAAAGGUUAGAAAGCUCGUCCAAAGUCCUGGUCAGCUUGAACGAUUCCGCAAUCUCUAUAGUGAUGCUAUACGGCUGCUUGAAGGGCAAGGAAUGCUAAGUAUUACAAAGGGCCAGUCAAACACCUUACAAUGGGCUUGGGAUGGAGCAAACGCGAAUACUCAAUCUGCCCUGUUCAAAUCUUUGCCCCCUGUGCUACAAUCCGAAUAUGAUAGUCAGAAGUCACAGCAAGCUCUGCAAAAAAUGCGCAAUGCACUACCUGCUAUCGUCGCUCCAGCUGCACGGUACCAAUCGCUGAAAGGGCUCAUUACUGCCGGCCCACGAAAGUCAUGGGUUUAUGCUAUGCGUAAGCUUUCAAAAGGAUUGCUGAAACGAUGA